AGGAAUAGAAAAAAGAUAAAAAAGAUUCCUAAAGUUUUGCUCCGUAAAAAUUAAGCGGAACGUGACGGGACAUUCAACUUAGGAUAAGGGAAUUCUUAUAUUUCUCUUGCGGCACCUCUUGUCCUCUGUAUAGAUACGGAGGGAGAGAGAGAGAGAGAGUCAAUGGGGGCGUUUCUGUCGAGUUGGUUUGGAGGCGGCGCCGAUACAGACUCUUCCGAAUCGUCGUCGGAGACAUCUUCCGUCAUCGUUUUCCACUCCUCCAACCGGUGGCAGCUUCACUUCAAUGACUCUAAAAAUAUCCCCAAGCUGAUGAUGGUCGAUUUCUCGGCGUCGUGGUGCCCACCCUGCAAACUUAUGGAGCCUGUGAUCAACGCGAUGUCGUCCAAAUAUGCCGACGUCGAGUUCAUCAAGAUCGACGUGGAUGAGUUGUCGAAUGUGGCCCAGGAAUUUGGGGUUCAGGCGAUGCCGACGUUCGUGUUGCUGAAGCAAGGGAAGGAGGUGGACAGGGUCGUCGGUGCUAUGAAGGAUGAGCUCGAGAAGAAGGUUGAGAAGCACAGAGUUAAACCGAAAUUCGCUGCUUGAUUAUAAACACUCUUCUUAUACUUACGCAAUGAUUUUAUGUCGAUGAAAGCACAAAUUUGGAAUGAUUGUAAUGAGCGUACCUGUUGUUUUGAAUGGUGAAAACUUGCAAUAAUUUCUCUUGAUUUGGAAAUACAAGGUGAUUAUGCAUCUUAGUUCCA